AUGGCGCUGGCCAGGCCACGGCCCCGGGACCCCAGGUUCCCAGCCCCUUUCUUGCUGCUGAUACUGCUCUGGGCCCCUGCCCUUGCCCUCCUGGCCGGAACAGAGCCUUCGGGGGCUCGGAGUGCCUGUGCCUCAGACCCAUGCUCUCCAGGGACCCAGUGCCAGGCUACGGAGAGCGGCUACACCUGCGGGCCCGCCGAGCCCCAGGGCUGUGCCGCCCAACCCUGCUACCACGGCGCUCUGUGUGUGCCCCGGGGCCCGGAUCCCCACGACUUCCGCUGUUACUGUGUGCCCGGGUUCCAGGGCCCGCGCUGCGAGCUGGACAUCGAUGAGUGUGCCUCCCGGCCCUGUCGCCACGGGGCCACCUGCCGCAACCUGGCCGACCGCUACGAGUGCCACUGCCCCCUGGACUAUGCAGGCGUGAACUGCGAGGUGGAGGUGGACCAGUGCGCCUCGGCACCCUGCCUGCACGGGGGCUCCUGCCUGGACGGCGUGGGCUCCUACCGCUGCGUGUGCGCGCCGGGCUACGGGGGCGCCAGCUGCCAGCUGGACCUGGACGAGUGCCAGAGCCAGCCGUGCGCGCACGGGGGCGUGUGCCACGACCUGGUCAACGGGUUCCGGUGCGACUGCGGGGACACGGGCUACGAGGGCGCGCGCUGCGAGCAGGAGGUGCUGGAGUGCGCGUCGGCGCCCUGCGCGCACAACGCCACCUGCCUCGAGGGCCUCGGGAGCUUCCGCUGCCUCUGCUGGCCAGGCUACAGCGGCGAGCGGUGUGAGGUGGACGAGGACGAGUGUGCGGCGGGCCCCUGCCAGCACGGGGGCCAAUGCCUGCAGCGCUCCGACCCGGCCCUCUACGGGGGCGCCCAGGCCGCCUUCCCCGGCGCCUUCAGCUUCCGCCACGCUGCCGGCUUCCUGUGCCGCUGCCCUGCAGGCUUUGAGGGGGACGACUGCAGCGUGGACGUGGACGAGUGUGCCUCGGGACCAUGCCUCCGUGGAGGCAGCUGCCAAGACCUGCCCAGCGGCUUUCAGUGUCACUGUCCACAUGGCUACACAGGCCUGACAUGUCAGGAGGAAGUGGACGAAUGCCUGUCGGAGCCUUGCCUCCAUGGUGGGACCUGUGUGGACAUCAUGGCAGGCUACACCUGCCGGUGCCCGGAGGACUGGGGGGCGCAUGACUGUUCUGUGCAGCUCACUGGCUGCCAGGGCCACACGUGCCCACCGGCUGCUACCUGCAUCCCUACCUUUGAGUCUGGAGUCCACAGUCACGUCUGCCGCUGCCCACCUGGUACCCAUGGACCUUCUUGUGGCCAGAACACCACCUUCUCCCUGGUGGCUGGGAACCCUGUGCGGGUGCCAGGACCAGCUGGUGGGCCCCUGGGUCUGGCACUGAGGUUUCGCACCACCCUACCUGCCGGUGCCUUGGCCACGCGCACUGAUGCCCAGCACGGCUUGGAGCUGGAGCUGGCACUGGCGGCAGCCACACUUCAGGCCACGCUCCGGAGCCACGGCAAUACUGUUCUAGUCCUGAGGCUGCCAGACCUGGCCCUAAAUGAUGGCCACUGGCACCGAGUGGAGGUGACCCUCCGCCUCGAGGUCCUGGAGCUGCGGCUCUGGCAUGAGGGCUGCCCUGCCCAGCUCUGCGUGGCCUCCCGCUCUGUGCCCCAGGCUCCUACAGCUGCCCCGGCCACGCCGCCUGCCGGGUUCCGCUCUGUCCAGCUGGGUGGAGCAGGCUUUGCAGGCUGCCUCCAGGACGUACAUGUGGACGGGCACCUCCUUCUGCCUGAAGACCUUGGGGAGAAUGUCCUCCUAGGCUGCAAGCGCCACGAGCAGUGCCAGCCUCUGUCCUGUGCCCACGGAGGGGCCUGCGUGGACCUGUGGACUCACUUCCAUUGCGACUGCCCCCGGCCCUACAGUGGACCCACGUGUGCUGAUGAGGUUCCUGCAGCCACAUUUGGCUUGGGGGGCACCCUGAGUUCUGCAUCCUUCCUGGUCCAUCAGCUGCCAGGCCCCAACCUCACGGUGUCCUUCCUCCUCCGCACUCGGGAACCUGCCGGCCUGCUGCUCCAACUUGCCAACGACUCCGCAGCUGUCCUGACCGUGUUCCUGAGCGAGGGCCAGGUCCGGGCCGAGGGGCUGGGCAGUCCUGCUCUGGUGCUCCCCGGACCCUGGGACGAUGGGCUCCGCCACCUGGUGACACUCAGCUUCCGGUCUGACCAGCUGCAGGGCAUGGGGCUGCAGGUGCAUGUGGGUGGGAGACUCCUCCCUGCUGACGCCCAGCCUUGGGGUGGGCCCUUCCGAGGCUGCCUCCAGGACCUGAGACUCAAUGGCCUCCACCUCCCCUUCUUCCCACUGCCGCCGGGGAACUCAAGCCAGCCCAGCGAGCUGGGCAGCGGGCAGUCCUGGAACCUCACCGCGGGCUGUGUCUCCGAGGACGUGUGCAGUCCCAACCCCUGUCUCAAUGGUGGGACCUGCCUGGUCACCUGGAAUGACUUCCACUGCACCUGCCCUGCCAACUUCACAGGGCCCACGUGUGCCCAGCAGCUGUGGUGUCCUGGCCAGCCCUGCCUCCCGCCUGCCACCUGUGAGGAGGUCCCUGGUGGCUUUGUCUGUGUGGCGGAGGCCACGUUCCGCGAGGGCCCUCCGGUCCCAUUUAGCGGACACAACGCAUCGUCGGGACCCGAGCUCAGCGGCCUCUCGCUCGCCUUCCGCACACGCGACUUGGAGGCCGGGCUGCUGCGCGCCGCCGCGGGCCCCCUGGCCGCGGUCUGGCUGGCCGUACACAACGGCUCGCUGGUGGCGGGCGUGCGCAGCGGCCGCGGGCUGCCGGGCGCAGUGCUGCCCGCUCCCGGGCCGCGCGUGGCCACCGGCGCCUGGCACCGCGUGCGCCUGGCCAUGGAGCGCCCCACGGCCGCGGCGUCGCGCUGGCUGCUCUGGCUGGAUGGCGCGGCGACGCCGGUGGCGCUGCGCGGCCUGGCCGGCGACCUCGCUUUCCUGCGCGGCCCGGGCGCCGCGCGCGUCCUGCUGGCCGAGAACUUCACCGGCUGCCUGGGCCGCGUGGCGCUCGGCGGCCUCCCGCUGCCCCUGGCGCGCCCGCGGCCAGGCGUCGCCCCCGGGGCCCGAGAGCACUUCGCCGCCUGGCCCGGAGCGCCGGCCCCGCGCCUCGGCUGCCGCGGCGAGCCCGUGUGCGUCCCCUCGCCCUGCCUGCACGGCGGCGCCUGCCGCGACCUCUUCGACGCCUUCGCCUGCGUCUGCGGCCCCGGCUGGGGGGGCCCGCGCUGCGAGGCCCGCGCCGACCCGUGUCGCUCGGCGCCCUGCCUCCGCGGCCGCUGCCACGCGCGCCCCGACGGCGGAUUCCUGUGCCGCUGCCCGGAGGGCUUCGCGGGCCCGCGCUGCAGGUUGCCUGUCCUGCCAGAGGGGUGCAGCCUGAAUGCCACCUGCCUCAGCGGCAGCCCGUGUGAGGGUGGGCCUCAGGGCGCCAACUGCAGCUGCCAGGAGGGCUUUGCUGGCCAGAGGUGUCAGCUCUCCUGUGAAGCCAACCCCUGCCUGAAUGGGGGCACCUGCCGGGCGGCUGCUGGGGCGUAUGAAUGCGUCUGCAGCGCAAGGUUCUCGGGCCAGUUCUGUGAAGUGGUGAAGGACCUGCCGCUGCCACUGCCGUUCCCGCUGCUGGAGGUGGCAGUGCCUGCAGCCUGCGCCUGCCUCCUCCUCCUCCUCCUGGGCCUCCUCUCAGGGAUCCUGGCGGCCAGAAAGCGCCGCCAGUCAGAGGGCACCUACAGCCCGAGCCAGCAGGAGGUGGCCGGGGCGCGGCUGGAGAUGGACAGUGUCCUCAAGGUGCCGCCCGAGGAGAGACUCAUCUAGGCCUGCUGCCGGCGCCGCACCUGAGGCCACGGACAGUUUCCACCUGGAGACCCUCGGAGGCCGCUUCCAGGAGGCCUUUGGGACGUGCCGCCCCUUCCAGGCCUUGGGAGCUGCUGCGGGGCCCAGCAGACCUGCUGGGGAAGUGUCCCCUCUGCUGGCACCCCUGCCUCUGUCCCACCGUGGACUGAGGAAAAGGGGGGCACUCAGGGCAGCAGAGAGGGCCUGGCAAGGGUGGACG